UCUUUGUUUCGUCGGUAAUAAAUCGCGAUUAAAACUAUAUUUACAAAAUGAGUGGAGGAGUUUAUGGAGGAGAUGAGGUUGGAGCAUUGGUUUUUGAUAUAGGCUCCUAUUCUGUUCGGGCUGGAUAUGCAGGAGAAGAUUCCCCAAAGGCUGAGAUACCUACACAUGUAGGUGUUAUAGAGGACCUUGAGGCUGCCAUGGAAACAGAAGAUAAAGAGAUCAAACAGGCAGAUAAAAAGUACUACAUUGACACCACUAUGUUGAAAGUGCCACGUAAAGGGAUGGAAAUCAGCAGUUUCCUCAAGGAUGGCAUGAUUGACAACUGGGAGAUUUUUGAGAAGGUGAUGGACUACACAUACUCUAAGAACAUCAAAUCUGAAGCCAACAUGCACCCUGUGAUGAUGUCAGAACCGGCAUGGAAUAGCCGAGGAAAAAGAGAACGCCUGACAGAAAUUAUGUUUGAAACUUACAAUGUUCCUGCUUUCUUCUUGUGUAAAAAUGCAGUUUUAUCAGCAUUUGCAAAUGGAAGAUCUACGGGUCUGGUAUUGGAUAGUGGUGCAACACACACAACAGCUGUUCCAGUGUAUGAUGGCUAUGUCAUAGGUCAAGCCAUCGUGAAGUCACCAUUGGCAGGCGACUUUAUAUCUCUGGAGUGUAAGAAACUGAUGGAGGAGCUAGAAAUUGAUGUUAUACCACCAUACAUGAUACAGAACAAGGAACCUGUAUCUUUAAUGGAGGAUGCCAAAUGGAAAAAGAAGGAUAUUCCAGAAGUCACAAAGUCUUUCCAUAACUACAUGGUCAAGGAUGUAUUACAAGACUUUGCUGCCUCAGCCCUUCAGGUGAUGGACACUCCAUAUGAUAACAGCACGGCUGAGACAAUGCCAACAGUGCUGUAUGAAUUCCCUAAUGGCUACAACCAAGACUUCGGAGCAGAGAAGUUCAGAUUACCUGAAGGCCUUUUCGACCCCUCAGUGAUAAAGGACUUGCCAAGUGGAAACACCAUGUUGAGUGCAGGACAUGUUGUGACCACCAGUGUUGGAAUGUGUGAUAUUGAUAUACGACCAAGCCUGUACAGCAGUGUAAUCGUUGUGGGAGGUAACAGUCUUAUCUCUGGAUUCACAGAACGACUCAACCGUGAUCUCGGUACCAAGACACCACCUAGCAUGAGACUGAAGAUUAUAUCUGCCACCGGUACCGCGGAGAGACGAUUCAGCAGUUGGAUUGGAGGAUCAAUUCUAGCAUCUUUGGGCUCCUUCCAGCAGAUGUGGAUAUCUAAGCAGGAGUAUGAAGAGGGAGGUCGUAGCUGUGUGGAACGCAAGUGUCCUUGAUGGCAAGGUCAAGGUCAAUUUGGUUGUUAAAUGUUAUGUAGAAAUCAGAUCCAGGAACAAAAAUUCUGUCCAAAAGACUGUCUUUUCUUCUGGUAACUAUAAUGGAAGCUGUGUUCUGAAAGUUCUCUCUGUGCUUCUUUACAUACUAUUGAAAUAUAAUUCAUGGUGCUACAUAGUACUUAGGUCUUGGAAAAUAUUUCUUCCUUAGGAAAAAUACUUAAAAUGUGUUCAAAUCUUCAUUCCUAUGAAUUUCUACCACGAUAAUUUAUACCAUUUGUAUACAUCAAUUUUUAUUCCCAUGAAAAUGUUAUGAAAAUUUUUUUUUUCAUAAUUGAUGAACAUUCUCUAUGAAAAU